UCCUCAACCGAACAAACCCGCACGGCAGGAGCGGAGGACGCUCAUUCUGGUCCGUGACGGCGGCCAAUGCUCGCCUCCUCCUCGCCUGACGUUUCUCCGACCUCCAGGGUUCGCGCCUCGGCUCGUCCGCCGUGCCGCUCCGCGCCGCGCCGCCGCCUGCUCCUCCUCCUCCGCCGCCGCCGUAACGGCUCCGCUGGGGCGGUCCGGUGGCUCCAUCCCUCCACUCCCGCGCCCGGACGGUCCCCGGAUGGUGGAUGAAUCAUCGCAGAGUUGGGAACAAGUGUGAGGAGAGACGCCGAGGCUCGGGAUCCGGCUCCGGUCCGCGCAGGGAGGACGAGAUGAUGGGGGGGGCGUCCCUGUGUCUCCCUAUUGUUGUUUUACUCAUGCAAUGUUCCCCCUCCGCCCCUGUGACCGUGACAACUGACAAACCUAAGGUGGAGGUGGAGGAAUUCAAAGACGCAAAGCUAUCAUGCAUAUUCCAAACAGAGAGGGACCCAGACCCGCGGAUCGAGUGGAAGAAAAAGGGGAAGGACGUCUCCUUUGUGUACUUCAGAAACCAAUUCAGAGGUCCCUUUGAGGGCCGAGCAAACAUCACGGGUGCCACGGUAACGCUGCACAGGGUCACUCAGAAGGAUGCCGGCGAGUACCGCUGUGAGAUUACCGCGUCCCGCGACGACGUCAAACUGGGCGAGACCAACGUCACCCUCAAAGUCCUGGUUCCGCCACAAAACCCGUCCUGUGAAAUCCCCAGCUCAGCGGUGACGGGCUCAGCGGUGAAGCUGCGCUGUAGGGACCAACAAAGCAUCCCGCCCGCUACAUACUACUGGUUCAAGGACGACCUGCUGAUUCGGCCGCCCGGCCACUCCAACGCCAGCUAUCUAAUCAACGCUCAGACGGGUGAACUGGAGUUUAAGUCCGUGUCCAGAGAGGACAGCGGCCUGUACAGCUGCCAGGCGUCCAACGGCGUGGGAUCACCCAAGAUGUGUGAGGCCAAGCGCAUGAUAGUAGAGGACGUGAACGUGGCGGGGGUGGUCACUGGAGUGGUGGUGGUCUGCCUGAUCAUGGCGGUCUGUGGAUGCGGGUGCAUCGUCUUACGCCGCAAUGGUUUCUUCACUCAAGGACACAGAGGAAGGUCCUUUUGGAUCUCCCAGUGUCACGGUGCAGCCCACAUCAGCAGCCAAACCCUGCACAGAGCUGAGGACACGUCCAACGGAAACUACAUCCCCCCGCCGCAGGAGGACUUCAAACACACGCAGUCGUUCAUGCUCUGAGAAGCUGGCCUUCUUUCAGAAGAUCCAUGCGAUGAGGUGCCAACACUGGAUUCAGAUCUUCCUCCUUUCUCCACUUGUUUUGGUUUCAUCCACCAAACUCCUUUCUUCAUCCACUUUUUUUAAAUGGUACUCUGCUCCCCCCUGGUGGUCAAACCAUGAACUGUUCCUUCUUUUUUCCAUUUUUUAAAGCCCCCCCCCUCUUCCAUGAUUUAUUUUACCAAAGACUGUUUUGUGUUUGUGACUUUUAAUAAUCAGAGGGGAAUCCUCCAAGAAGCCAUAGAAAGCAGCCGUUUCCAGAUUACAGCAGAUUAAACGCAGCUUACCUCAAAUCAGUGUUUGGUCUUCUGAGACACUCCAGAUCUUAGUAACAAGUCACUGCAGCUGAUUCUACUGAGACCCCAUUCCAUCCUUAUGUGCCUGCAUGGUCUUUUUUACAAAUAUCAGAAUAUAUAUCUACUGUAUACCUUGUGCCUUUUUUAAUUUGUCUGCCAUAUUUAUCGAUGAUCACACUUUUUUGUACAGACUUGCCUUACUUUUUUCUGUCUGUCUAUUAUCGUGCCACUGUUUCUGACAGAGUUUUAUUUGAAGGGUGUAUCGGUAAUAAUAAAAUAAAACAAAACAGGCUUUUUUUGUA